AUGAUUCAGGUAUGUUUUCGAGAUUACUGUAAAUUUUUACACUUAUGGACAUAAAUCAGAGUCCAGAGUGUUGCAUAUGUCAGAAAGGAGUCAAGAUGGAUUAAUUUGAUGGAAAAGGCCGUUCAAAGAAGAUCGGGGGCGAGAAGGAUAAUAUUAUAUUUAUUAUGAUCCCCUCGAGCGCUUUAAUUAAGCUUAUGACCCGUCUCAUAUUCUCCUCACGCUUAAACCUUGAUCGCGGAGAACAAAAGAUCCAAACUCAUUUUUCGCAUAUCUUUAAAGUAAACUUUUUGUUUUACACUACUUUUUACUCCUUUUUACUCGCUUUCACUCUUUGAAACCGCGAGAAAAACAGCUCGAAAAGUCUUGGCCGGUCACUUUUCUGGCCUCUUAAUGGCCAUUGAUACCCUUUAAAACAGGUGGCGGAGAGAUUUUAGAAAUGUGGGAUAUCUCGGGAUGUGCAAUAAAUGUUAUGAUAGGGGGCGGAGAUGAUGGAUCUGUCAAUUAGGGAUGUCUCGGGCUUUAAUCCGACAUAAAAUUUGAUUUUGUUUUUGGCAAACGUUUUUUGCCUGAGGGCAGACUCUUAAGAUCGAUCCGAGUUAAUUCGUUUCUUGUUCUUGGGGGUUUAUUUGCAACAAAAUUGGUUUGAUUUACGAGUUUUAUGUCUGAUAAGGUUAACAAAGAGUUCUAAAAAAUCUACCCUUUAAAAUUAAUUAUACAUAAAGAAUAAAUAACCAUUCCUCAUAGAGUAUUCAUAAUUAUUUUUGGCCUGAGUAAUUUCAUUCCAUAGGCUCACAUAUUACUUGUGUCACUGUCAUUGCAUGUCUUGACCGAACAUGUCAUUCCUAGAUUCCUCCAGAAUCCACUAUACGAAUUCCAUUCGUGGACUAGAUUAGAAAUGUUUUGAGCGAUGACUAAGUAUCGGCGGAAUGAAUGGGGUGUUAUUCCUCCAGAUUUAUAUUCUCUUUACCACAUCUGUUACGUAAUGUAUGGUCUCGAAUGUUGCAUCGUAAAAGUUGGAAUGGAAGAGGCUACUUAAAGAGGGAAAUAAGUAUUGAAAAAUGGGGAUCUAAAUGUCUAUUUUUUUGUUGUUGUUUACUAGUCGCGACAUAAAGUCCUGACACAUUUUGCACCGUGCAUUCUUCUUUCAUUUUCAUCCGCACGGUGCAUCUUUUCGCAUUUGUCGCCGCGAUUUCCCGUUUUUGCACACUUUCGCGUGCGACAAACCCGAAUUUGGGGGCGCGACGUCCAAACCCCGAACUUUCGCACGGUGCAAAAUGUGUCAGGAAUUUAUGGCGCGACUAGUACUUUAAUAUUUUUUUUACAUUAGAGACGUCUAGUGUAAGGUUCUUAAAGACAAAUUAAUUAAACCUGAACCGUCGUAUAAUCGAAAACUCCUUUUUGUUACUUCGGUUCUGUCCGAAUAAAUAAUUAUUUGGCUGUAAACCCAUGCAUUAUUUUUAUUUUAUUCCCCCAGGGAAAAGUUUGAAUCACCGGUUUUAAGCGUUUUGAGGUCGUUGCAAACCAAGUUUUAUAUCGGAAAGGCCUAAUUAUGAGGGCGGGGUCAUCCGAGGGAUCUCGGAGGAGCGUUAAGGCGUUGCAACGAUCUCCGUUAACCGCGUGUCUCCAGCCGGUUUUAUGACAACCAUGCGGGAGACGACAUUGUGAUGAGUUUGGCUUUGUUUUAGACUUGAAAGUCUGAAGGGAUUUUUUGUAAAUAAUUUGAAGGGAUUUAUCCCCGUUUUUAAUACAAUUUGAGGUCAAUUCUUCGUUCUUUUUUCGCUGUUAAUUGGAUUUGACAAGAGUAGCCAGCCUCAGAUCCGUUCUCUACUAUGGUAAAUAAACCCAUCCCUCUCGCCUCAAUUGACCAUAACAAGCGGGAAAUCGGCAGUUCUGGAGGGAAUUUGCUCGGGUGCCACCCUUUUAUGUGUAGUCAAAUUAAUCCUUUUCUUGGAGUUUUUAGACCUUCAAAUGUAAUUCGAAAAAAUUUCUCUGUGUCUCCAAAAGCGUAGGGAGUUGUAAAUCCAUGUUUCCAACAUUUUUUGGCCUUUAUUUGGCGCCUCAAUCCCUUCAAGAUUUAUGCGUUCGGGCUUUUAUCGGUUCCGCCUGGGGCAAUAAUAUGAGAGAUGGCCAUUCAGUCGGUUUCAAGGACUAUUAAACCAAUAGUGACCGUGUCUUGAGUCCAUUUCAGCCGGAUUUAGCAGCCAUUUUCUUCUCUGAUGUAUUUUGAAGAUACGAGAUUUUUUUUUGUUAUUCACUUUGUAAUCACAUUACUUUUUACAGCCAGAAACAUUGAACGACCUUGAUUGGACAACUUCUGAAGGCAAUUAAUUGCCGUCGCCUCCGAAUCGCCCCCCAAAAAUCGAAUUGGGGGAGGCGGAGGCGAAGCGGAGGCGACAGGACGGCGACCGGGCGGAGACGGCACGCUUCUGUCUGGUCGCCGUUCUCGCCCUUUUCCUCUUGGUCGGAUCCCUGAUCGGACUCGGAUUGGCCUUUAAAUGGUAUUUUGGAUGGUCAGCGGAGACAAGAUAUCCCCAAAAGAUACGAGGUAAAUACAGUAACCUUUAAUCUCAAAAAAUUUAAAUUGCGCCGUCUAAGAGAGGUCUCUUUUAGUAGAUUGUAGCAAAUCCUACAAUUUUCAGGCAUCAAAUUAUGGCAACAAAGUCUCCCCCAUGACAAUUAGAUUUUCUGAAUAUGCAAAUUAUCUCGAACAUAUGCCUGACAGCCUCUAAGAGGGAUUAGUCAUCGAAGAGAAAGUCCAACUGUUAUUCUAAUUGCAGUGCCCAUUGCCAGAAACAAAUCUCGUGUGAGCAACGGUCGAAUUACCAGUGUUUUCCAUCAGAAUACAGGAUGGAAAACAAUUACUACCACUGCCACAACUACUACUACAAGUACCAUCUCAACGAGUACAAUCACAGUAUUAACAAAGCCGUUUACCAUGCCGAGAGUAAGGAUUACCAACUCUCAGAUAAAGGAUAUGUAUGACCAAUGGAGACCGACAACUCAGAGGCCGAUUACAACUACUUAUGGGAUGCCUAAACGGUAAUUUCAACUAAAAUUAUUAUUGCUUACAAUAAGUAAAUAAACAUAAUGGUGAUUUUAGAAAACAAGUAGUGACCCUUGUAACUGGUCUUUUGGAUAUUGGACGAGGUCGUUGGAAGACUUAUGCCCGUCCUCUCAGUCGCUAUCAUGUGGCCAUGAAAAACGUCCUAUCCCUGAAGGUACCCAUGAUUAUAUUCACUGAUUCCCAUUCCAUUGAAUAUGUUAUCAAAAAGAGGACUCAACUUGGUCUGAUAGAUUACACCAGGGUCCACAAUAUAACCAUCAACGACCUUCCACUUAAUCAGUACUCGCAUUUGUUUCAUAGUAUUGUGAACGAGGAACAACAUGGAGGAUGGCAGAGCGAUUGGGAUCCGGCAAUGAAAACUCAUCCGGAGGCACACAGUGCUGACUACGACAUUGUUGUCAAUUCCAAGGCUUACUUCUUGUUCAAUGCAUCGGCAAGAAAUCUAUGACAAAUAUAAUGACAUUACUUUGAUGAUUAAUAAUGGUGUUUUUGCAGAGAGAUAAUCCCUUCAAGACCGAUAACUUUGCCUGGAUCGAUGCUGGAUAUGGCCAAGGAGACGAAAGAUUUUUCCCGGCUGACUUCCAAUGGUAUCCGAUAUUUCCUUCAGGCAAAAUCUCCCUUAUCAAGGUAAGAAUAUCCCUCAAACCCCAAGUUAUCUUCAGUUAACUCCUUCUUAUGACAAACUGAGUAGAUAUACGGAGAAGGUGUUGUACAGAAGAGACGAGGCUGUAAUUUCUGGAGGAUUCCUGGCUGGAAACAUCAAGACUCUCUCUCGAUUUUACUCAGCUUAUCAUUGGAAAGUAGUGGAGAUGUUGGUCCAAAAGAAAAUGGUGGACGAUGACCAAACAACUCUGGUCCUUCUGAUCAACCAACAGCCAAAUAUGUUCAAUAUGGUUCAUGGGGACUGGCACGACGCGUUCCGAUUGUUCUGA